CGAGCCGGCGACGGGCAGCGGCAGGAUGGACCUGGAAGCCUCGCCGCUGCCCACUGGCCCCAAUGCCAGCAACACCUCCGAUGGCCCCGAUAACCUCACCGCGGCCGGGCCACCUCCUCGCACAGGGAGUGUCUCCUACAUCAACAUCAUCAUGCCUUCUGUGUUCGGCACCAUCUGCCUCCUGGGCAUCAUUGGGAACUCCACAGUCAUCUUCGCGGUGGUGAAGAAGUCCAAACUGCACUGGUGCAGCAAUGUCCCCGACAUCUUCAUCAUCAACCUCUCGGUGGUGGACCUCCUCUUCCUCCUGGGCAUGCCCUUCAUGAUCCACCAGCUCAUGGGCAAUGGUGUCUGGCACUUUGGGGAGACCAUGUGCACACUUAUCACGGCCAUGGACGCCAACAGUCAGUUCACCAGCACCUACAUCCUGACCGCCAUGGCCAUUGACCGCUAUCUGGCCACUGUCCACCCCAUCUCCUCCACCAAGUUCCGGAAGCCCUCUGUGGCCACCCUGGUGAUCUGCCUCCUGUGGGCCCUCUCCUUCAUCAGCAUCACCCCCGUGUGGCUCUACGCUAGGCUUAUCCCCUUCCCAGGGGGCACGGUGGGCUGCGGCAUCCGCCUGCCCAACCCAGACACUGACCUUUACUGGUUCACCCUGUACCAGUUCUUCCUGGCCUUUGCCCUGCCCUUCGUAGUCAUCACAGCCGCGUAUGUGAGGAUCCUGCAGCGCAUGAUGUCCUCGGUAGCUCCGGCCUCUCAACGCAGCAUCCGGCUGCGGACAAAGAGGGUGACUCGCACGGCCAUCGCCAUCUGCCUGGUCUUCUUUGUGUGCUGGGCUCCCUACUAUGUGCUCCAGCUGACCCAGCUGUCCAUCAGCCGCCCAACACUCACCUUUGUUUACCUGUACAACGCAGCCAUCAGCUUGGGCUACGCAAACAGCUGUCUCAACCCCUUUGUGUACAUCGUGCUCUGCGAGACAUUCCGCAAACGCCUGGUCCUGUCGGUGAAGCCUGCCGCCCAGGGGCAGCUUCGAACCGUCAGCAAUGCCCACACAGCUGACGAGGAGAGGACAGAAAGCAAGGGCACCUGACCCUUCCCCUGCCACCCCGGGCACCUCCAAGUCAGGACAGUACAGCAGACCAGUGGGGAGAGACACUGAGAAGAACCAAAGACCCCUCUGGGAGAACGCAGGGAGGCUGGGUGGUGAGGGGUUGUGGCAACUAAAAAUACUCCACAGGGUCCACAAAUUGCUGGGGAGGCUGGGAGCCAGAUUUGGGGGCUUCAAGCAUCAGAAAUCCCCUUGGGAGAGUAGGAAGAGACCUUUGGAUUGAACAGAAACUGGGCAAGAAGAAAAUUUUGGUUUAAAUGUUCACUUGAGCCCUACAUCUCUUAGCUCCCACAUGUCUUUUUCUCAACUGCCGGUUUAUUUGAAAUCUGGGAAGGUCCUACUUCAGGGUGUGAAUGGCGGGGCCCUACUACAGGGUCCUGGGGAGAUGGGAAAGCGGUAUGUCCUCAACGCUCUUUCCCAUCUCUCAUUGGCGAGAUGGAGGGCAGCCUUUCUCCCAAGCUGGAGGAUGAUGAGAAAUGAAGCAUGCCAUCUCUCCGUGUUCCAGCAUCCUGUCAAUCUGCCUGUAUCUCUAGGGGAUGCAUGCUUAUUUUUGGGGGGGGGGAGUCAGGGUUCUGAGCCCACAGGAGUAAAAACCCAAUUUGUAGGAGAUCCACUUAUUGAGAAUGACAAGGCUACCUGAGUGGGUAUGGGUAGAAGUCUUGAAAUUAAGAAAAAUGGGGAGGAGCAAGGGGGCUUUUGCAGCUGUGGGGACAUUGUCGUCAUUAGGCACAUUUGUUAAUCACCAGAUCCAGAGUGGGUGCCCGUCAGUGCCCUGCAUGUGCAAGAGUCAUUGUGAUGCCUAGUGUGUUGGCAUCAUCUUUUCGCUCCAGCCCUUCCUCUCCAAAAUAAAAAUGAAUAAAGGAAA